CUUUCAUCGUCGUAAGAGAUACUCUGCUAUCAAGAUGGUUCACGUCCUACUCUACUAAAUAGUAACCAUUGUCCUCCUUUGGAGAGCGUACAACUAUUAGAAAAAAUGGAUGAAUAGGCACAGAAGAGGUUAGCCAGCACACAACAGGAGCAACCUUUUCGAGUAGCUCUGAAAACGAGACAUUUUGUAUGUCUGUUUAAAAGUUUUUGUCAGUGGAGUAGGCAGCUAAAACCUUAAAACCUCAGCCUAAUUGAAAUACAAAUACAUGUACCACACAGUAGUAAAAACGCCAAAUGUGGGGAAGCUCUCUCCGACUCCCAGCUAAAAAAUACGACGCUUUGUGUGCUUAACUGGCAUUAGACGAAAGCGGAAGUGGUCAAGAUGUAAAUCUCGUCUCUGUUUUGUACUCUUUGCUGGAUGAGUGUGGUGGAUGACAGCCGUCUAGCACGUCGCAACAACAACAGCAGCAGCAGCAGCAGCCGUGUGUUUAUCGUCGGAGCUGCAACUGAGGGGUAGUGAAGUGAACCGGAGGACGGAGACAGAAAGGAUUUACGGACACCGAUAAAGCAUGGCUACCCAAACGACAGCAUCAUGUACUGGGUCCACUUUGUUGCAGCCAAUCAGCGACAUUAUCAAUCUCCCUCUUGACCAGGUUAACUUUGUGGCAUGUCAGCUGUUUGCCCUGCUGAUGGCUGUGUGGUUUCGGCUCUACCUCCACCCCAGUAAGACCAGUCCUUUCAUAAGACAUGUGGUGGCCACUCUGCUGGGUUUCUACUUGGCUCUCUUCUGCUUUGGCUGGUACUCCCUCCAUUUCCUGGUGCAGAGCGGUCUGUCCUACAGUGUGAUGGUCUUUGCUGGCUUGGAGCACAUGCACAAGUACUGCUUCAUUGUGACGCUUGGCUAUCUGAUAUUGUGUCAGAUCACACGAGUCUACGUGUUUGAUUAUGGCAUGUACUCUGCAGAUUUUACAGGGCCCAUGAUGGUUAUAACACAGAAGAUUACCAGCUUGGCGUUUGAAAUACACGAUGGUUUGGCCAAGCGAGAUGUGCAGCUGACUCCCACUCAGAAAUACCUUGCUAUCAGGCGGAUGCCCAGCUUGCUGGAGUACCUGAGCUACAACUGUAACUUCAUGGGCAUCCUGGCAGGGCCCACCUGCUCUUACAACGACUACAUGGCCUUCAUCGAAGGAACGGGCUACCAGCCACGCCACCAGGAGAACUCCAACGGCAAGGAGAACGGGAAGUACAAGCAGAGUGAACCCUCACCCAAGAAUGACGUCAUCUCCAAACUGUGUACAUGUGCCAUCUCGCUGGCCAUCUAUCUGUCGCUGUGUAAGGUGCUCCCAGUGGAGCACGCCAUAGACGAUGACUUUGUCAACUCCACACCCUUCUACCUUCAGGUCAUCUACCUUUACUUGGCCAUGCUGUCUCUGAGGCCAAAGUACUACUUUGUCUGGACACUUGCUGACGCUAUCAACAAUGCUGCCGGAUUUGGCUUCAAUGGAUACAACAAAGAUGGCUCCCCACGUUGGGACCUGAUAUCCAACCUCAGAAUUCUGGACAUUGAGUUUGCCACCAGUUUCAAGAGUUUCCUAGACAACUGGAAUAUCCAGACAGCUCUUUGGCUCAAAAGAGUGUGCUAUGAGCGCUGUGCCAUCAACCCCACUGCUGCCACCUUCCUGCUGUCGGCCAUGUGGCAUGGGGUGUACCCCGGCUAUUACCUGACCUUCCUCACUGGCAUUGCCAUGACCAUGGCUGCACGUGCAGUAAGGCACAACAUCAGACCGCACUUCCUGGGGUCUGACUCGUACAAGUGCAUCUAUGAUGUCAUCACGUGGGCAUGGACUCAGGUCGCCAUUAGCUACACAGUGGCGCCAUUUGUCCUACUUGCUGUGGGACCCUCACUCAAAUUCUACAGGUCCUGGUACUUCUGCUUACAUCUCCUCUGUCUCCUGGUGGUACUGGCCCUGCCGGUCAAAUCAAAACGCCGGCAGGCCAAAGAGCAGGACGGCCUACAGGACAAUCAGACAGACCACAACAGCACAGACAACAAACAGAACCCAGAGAGACAAAGCCACGUGAGGCUCAGGACAGCGUCGCACAGUCCCCUCAGCAGCAAAAACAGUGAGACGAACUAGAAACCACUCGGAGCUGGAGCGUGGCGGGUCUGUUUACCUGACAAAAGAACCAAAUAUCGGACUCUCUGAAAAUCCUAACAGACAGAAAAACACAAGUCAAUGUUCUGUCAAAACUUCCAGUAGCAAGGAUGACAGCAAUCACACUUCUGACAUGGAUAAGAGACCAGGAUGUAACAAUGGCGACGGUGUAAACUAAUGAGUGAUAGUGAUUACUUUAGUGGAAAUUAAGACUUCCAAGCUGCCUUAAACCCUCUAUGUACUCAUCUGGUGAAAUAGCCGUUGGAUGGCACACUGCUAGACGCCAAAUGCCGUUUCACCAUUGCGGCGUAACAGAACAGAAUAGAAGUGCAGUAUGUGGAGGGUUUUUGUCAUUGUCUGGAUAUAAGCCUCUGUUAGGUGGAAACCCAAAAUGUGUUCAUGUAAAAGAAACAUAACCUUUUAUCAUCAGCUGCCAAUUUCAAACAGGCCUUAGGAUCCUCACAACGUUGUAUGAUUUCUAUGUCUUUAAAAAAAAAACUAUUGGAGAAGAAUUCCCAUUGUACCUGUUUUGUAUUUAGAUGUGUGUGACAACACUAUUUGAAAUCCAUUCUCAAUGCUUUUUUUUUCUGGGAUGAAUUGACUUUGCCUGACAUAGAGAGUCCCAAAGUGGAAUUCACAUCCUGCCUCCUGCAGUGGUAAGUCUAAAAGAGGCACAUGAGGUAUGGAUUUAGAUUUCUUUUUAUAUUUUUCAUAUCUGCUGCUUUUUUGACAAACAUGACUCAUAAGAUAAAUGUGUGUUUCAAAGGGAGUUUAUUGGCCCUAUCAUGACUUAAAUUUUUAUAUAAUUAAGGAUUUCUGACCUGGGGCUCAGGGGUGUGAAUUUUUAUUUUAUUUUUUAUUUUUUAAUGCGUUCAUAUUUUUCACACAACAGGUUUCCUCUGCAAUGUCUUGCCUUUCUAUUACAAGUAUCCAAAAACUAUUUAAUGAAUGCUAAUAAAAUUGUAUAAUUGGGGAAACACAGUGGAUUGUUAACGUCACUGUUGAACACUUGCACAGUUUAAUUGUUUUAAAUCCUACAAAUGUAACAGGAAUCUAAUCACAUUCCCACAUUCACUGAAGACUUGUUUAAUGGUCCAAAGGUUUUGUAGUAUUCUAAACCAACUGAAUGUAAAAGAAAAGUUUCCAAUUUGAUGCACAGUGCUAAAAAAUGCACAUAUUGUGUUCGGGCUGCAGAUGAAGUGUGCGAUUUGCAUUUGUCUGUGAGGAAAUGUGCUACAGUUAUUAAUGUGUAUGACAUCAUAAUAUUGUACAAAGACAUAGACCAGCUGCAGUAAAUGGUCUUAUAUCAUAUUGUGUGCACUUAUGUUAGAAAAGGGGCUGUUUCAGGGCGCAUUUACUGUAGGGUGUUAGAAACACUGCUUUCCCAUGUUGUUUUAGUCCACCUUAAGCCUUUCAAAUCAUCUACAUCUAUUCUUUACAACAAGCAGCAGUUCAAAACAGCCAACCAUGUAAUUCAUUUCCAUUUCACUAGACAUUUUCAUGGAUUUAGUUGAGGAAAUGUGUAAACGAGGUGAAAAGGCACUGCACUGUUGUUUAAAGAGUUAAAAGACACAUUUUUCCGCCCGUAUCUGUUAGAGCAGGAAAGUAGUCUGGGGAUUUGGAGCCCACAAAAUCAUAACCACAAUGAAGUUGUGCUUUUUUUUCUUUCUUAAAAAUUGUCAGUAAAUUGAGUAGCACAUGCGUUACGUAAAAUAACAAAGCAGCAGAUGUGAGGCCUCUUUCAUUUCUUUUUAAGAUUUUCUAACAUUUGCAUAUUCCUGCCAUAACUGUUUGUGUUACAAGUAUUCGAGUGAUCCGUACAUGUUGAUGUGGUCUCAUGUAAACCAUAUUUUGUAGCCUGGGCCUUUGUGUAGGCAAGUGUGGCCCACUUAAGGGAAGGGGGUGUCAUUCUAUAAACAUAACGAUUAUUGCACUGCAUGGCCACCCGAACCAGCAGAUCAAUGCAAACUGCUCCAUAUGUCCAAAGUGCCAAAUCAAGAAUGGCGCAUUUUAUUUUGUGUGUAUGUGAGCAUGUGUGCGUGCGUGCGUGUGUCCCAUGUAGUAUGUGUGUGCUGCGCCUGUGUAACAUGAUGGUUAUUUUUGUGUCCGAAGGAAAUUUAAUGAAAGAUUUGUAUAACAGUACCUUAAAAUUCUGAUUUAUGUGGCAAAAUAAAGAGAAAUUAUUUUUAAACACUAAAA